UCCCCCAGUGCGUCACCCCCUUCUACGGCCCUGAAUCCCUGCAGUGAUGGAGCAAGCUGUACUGUAGACUUUGCGAAAGUCAAACAAGCCUUCUUGUUCACAAUUUAUUCAUUCUCCCAGAACUAGUAACAGUCAUACCACCAGUAUAUCUCAGACCCAGACUGCAAACACUUGUAUGUAGAUUUGAUUGGCACAGUAAGACAGGCAAGUAUUUUAUAAGCACAUUGUAGAUACCACCAACGAUAUUCAGAUAGUCUGGCAGAUUGCAGCGCAUUAUACUUCCUUCUCAGAGAUCAAAGUCAUUAUCAAUAUAACAUAUUUAUAUUAAGCAAACAGUGCCUUUCCCAUUUCACGUCAUUGUCAGUCAAAUCAGGCUUUCUGCAAUAAACAUCAUUUAAAAACAAACUUGAGAGCUCACAACAUAAUGUAUUAAGUAAUAUCACAACUGAACCACGUGAGCAAGCUUAUUCGUUUUCAUUCACUGUGCAAUAAACUUUCGCCCUUUUGCUCUUCUUCUCGCCAGUACUUUUCUUCCAUUUCUUGUACUCAUUCUAUGCAGGAACCCAUGCUUUCUUUUUCUUUGUAGAGUCUUCGGUUGGUAUUCCAUACCGUACCGUAUAAACCGAAAUGUUUGCAAUGUAGGCAAUCGACAACCGGUGAAUCUUGACGUCGAAUUUAGCAACCCAGAAACAUUUCCAAGCGUACAAGCCCCAACAGUGCGUAGAGCACUCAUUCCUCUAGUGAUCCAGCUCAUUUUGGGGUGUUUCAGUCAACCAGUGAUGGCAAAUUUCUAAUAGUAGUACAUACUGCAAUUUUUGUAGUUUGGAAGUGAAAAAAAAAAUGGCGACGGUCGAGCGUGGGCUGGGGAGAGCUCUCCUAGGGGUCGCUGGAAUACAACACAAACAUUAUUCUCUUGUUAAAUGCAACAAGAUAUCUUUCAAACAAAAGCUCUUCCCAUAUGCAUUUUCAUAUUUUCAGGGCGCAGAUAUGUGUUUAAAAAUGCUUUCAUGACUCGACUGGUGAAGACAAAGCCAGAAAGUUUCAGAAGAAUGCCGCCAAAAAGGCGGACAAGAAUUACUCCCAAAAGGGCUAAACGAGCGACACGAGCCGCUGCUUCAGGCCGAGAAGACGAACAUGCUUUGCAGCAGAACUUUUCAGAUGAGCAAAUACAACACGAAGAUGUUGAGAAAGCCACUACCAGGAGACGAAUGUCAACUGAAGAAAAGCGCGCGAACAACAAGAAAGCGAAGGCAGAAAAAGUGAAAUCAUCUUCAACACGAGCCAGCAGUUCUGAAGACAUAGAUAGAGAUCACGCAACAGUCUCAGCUCUGGCAGGUAAUGUGUCUGAAAGAAUAAGGGACAUAGAAGUGAGCAAGAAGACUUAUGACAAGUGGCAACCAUUAUCCUCUCCUUCAAAAGACUUCAUCAGACAAGUGCUUGAACAAACAAUCCCGAGUAUUCUAAGCACAUUUCCUGAGAAACACAGAGAAGAAAUCCAACAACAUCUGAUGCAACUAAAUAAAAGUACUUCUCAUAUGCUUGAUGAUUUAAAGGCUCCAAAAAGUAAAAGCAAUUACCAUGGGAUUGAGGCAAAAAGUAGAAUCUUAGAAAAGGAGUUGUUAUUGAAAAGUAGUCAAUUGGCCUUCCUUGAAAAAGAGCUUGAAGAGCAACAAAGAUUGCUUGAAGAAGAAACUAAAGAAAUUGAUUCUUACUCAAAUCAGCUUGUUGAUGAGAAUAUCCAUACUCAGCUGCAUCCUUUCCUACAAGUUGAGCCCAUCCAAACACUGAACUUGCCAUCACUACCUGAAAAGUCAAUCAGAAAACCAGUUUUACAGAUACCGUUAGACGCAAAGAGGGGAUCCGCUGCAAGCCUAACCCAGGCGCUGGUGACACUGAAUGACCAAGUGAAUCAGCUAGGAACCCUCCAACACUGGUCAAUGAGGGCAGUAGGUUUUUUAUCAGCCCUGUUAAUAAGCCUGUCUUCAGGGUUAUUCCGUACCGACCAAUCACAGUCAUCCUUCUUCAACAUCCGGGACCAUCAUAGACUCCUUAAUCACGUGAUCGCCACUCUUCAGACUUCGGACAUCUUGUCAUGCGCACACGCAUGUCUUUUGAAUGCCAAGUGCUUGUCGGUAAACUUUGAAAACGGAGGAAACCAAGACGAGAAUUUAUGCGAAAUAAACGACGCCACCGUAUCCUUGGGGAGUGAGGAUUUUGCUCUUAUUAAAACCACUGGAUUCAUGUUCGCAGUCGUGGUCAAUCUAAAGCUCCAAACCUUCACGUUUACCAGCCUUGGCGCAAAAGGUCCAUCAGGGCCGCCCUCAGUAGACGGGUACAAGGGGACUACGCUUGACGGUGAAGUCGUCCUUAAAAACGGAAUACAGCAUUGGGUGGUUCCUCGUACAGGGAGCUACACCAUAGAGGCGUUUGGUGCUUCCGGCGGAAACGGAACCUGCCUUGGUUGCCCGGGUUUGAAACGAGGAGGUCUGGGCGCAAGGAUAAAGGGAGAGUUUUGGCUUACAGAAGGUAACGUGUUGCUGAUUCUUGUAGGACAGCAAGGAUUUUGGGUAGACUCUUUUCCUGAUCGUCCUGGUGGGGGUGGUGGCGGGACCUUUGUAACAUUGGCAUCAGCACUUACACCGUUGGUCGUAGCCGGAGGGGGUGGGGGUGCGGGGAUUGAUUCUCCCGGUUAUACAGACGGCGAUCCUGGACAGACAACGACACAGGGAUCCCGUCACGGUGGGAAUCACGGUCUCGGAGGAAGCGUGCGGAACACGACUCCGCUUAAAACAAUCCUUGGAGGAAGCGGUGCGGGUUUCUAUGGAAACGGUACAUCGUUUUAUCCCGACAAUGAAGCACUUGCGUUUCAGCAUGGUGGAAAAGGUGGAUGGGAGAACGGUGGAUUUGGCGGAGGGGGUUCAGCUAUGGCUCACCCGGGCGGUGGCGGCGGCUACUCCGGAGGCGGAAUUGAAGGGAGCGAAACUACGGGAUCCGCUGGAGGGGGUGGUUCAUUCAACUCUGGCUCCGCCCAGGAAAGUGAGGCUGACGUCAAUGAAGGGGACGGCAAGGUUAUUAUAACAAUGCUCAGUUAGACUACAUUUUCUUGCGUGCAAAUGUCGCGAGGGACUGUUUGUGUUAACAAUCAAGUGACUUAAAAACUGCGGCUAAACCUGGCGGUUGUCUUUGCUGAGCAUACGCUUCCGUUAUCGCCAUGAGUGUUGCUACCGUGACGGGUAACAUGCGAAGUUAAGAUGCGCGUUCUACUGUGAACUCUCAGUCCACAUGUUUACAACGGCAUGUUAAAUUGCGUCCCCUGAAAUCUUCCCAGCAUGCUUUUCGAUCAUCAACUCGACCCAAUCCUCCGUAAACGAAGGAAUCGCCAGUCUCGGGCGAAAUACAAAGACUUAAUUAAAAGUAACUCACGAUUGCUCGCUUAUAUUGACUCGCUUCUAUUGCCUCGCUACAUUGAAGCGUCGACUCCACAAUAUCGUUCUUUAACAAAAUAAGACACGUAUAUACAACACUGGCUGUUAUGCGACCCAAAUUGAGUUUAUUAAGAUCUGUGUCUAUGCUGAGUAUGUAAAUAGCUUGAUCGUAUCAAGUAGUCGAUAGAUUGUUGUAAAGCGAGCCGCUAUUUCCAAUUUUGUGGUCCAUGUAUAACCGAAUGAAAUGAAAUGUUUCAAA